AUGCCGCACUUGUAUGGUAUUGCAGGCCGCUUGGGCAACGCAAAGGUCCAGCGGCAAAAGCGCCAAGCCAAGAAACAGCUGGAGUCUGAACAUAAACGGCAGAAGUCCGCAUCAGCACUAGAGAAAGAACGCCGUGAGGAGGGUAUGAGCAAACCACUGGAUGCGACAAACAAAGGAUUUCACAUGUUAAGCAAAAUGGGCUACAAGCCAGGCGAUGGGCUGGGCAAGGUGGGGGGUCGGGUGGAACCAGUCGGCAUAGAGAUUAUGAAGCCAAAAUCGGGGCUGGGAAUGGCUACACGGGAAAAAGAAGAGGAGCAGCGCAGGGAACAACGGAGCAUAGAACUGAUGCGACGGCGAACAAAGAAUGAAGCCCAUAUGCAAACCGAUUUCCAAGCACGCAUGCGCCGCCAGAGACAAGUGGCGACGACCACUAGGGACUUACACACCAGUUGCCAAGUAUGUGAGCAAUUGGAUCUACAAGUCGGCUUGGCACGCACUGUGUUCUGGUGUUCACCUUACCUCGAGAAUACCGCACACCACACACGUUCAACCGAGGAUUCCCAGACCUUGUAUGGAGGGCAAACUUGCACUGUAGUGGGGAAACUGUUCGACCCGAGGCGUGAGGUUUGGUUGCGCCUAGUUGUGAUGUCAGAUGACGCCGAUACGAUUGCACUGAAUACGUAUGCGGGUGCUUUAGAUAUGUCUGUGGGUAUGAACUCAUCCGGGAGAUUGACUUUUGGUGGGAAGCGGUUGGACAUAAACCAAGUGGGUGUAGUAGAGGGUAUUGGCAUGACUGGUGUGGAUGAUUAUUCACUAGUACGAAGGGACUGUUUUGGCCGGGGGAGAGAGAAGGCACAUAUAGUUUCCGGGCAAUGUAUAGGUGUGCAAGACCUUGAGACAAGCGGCCACACACAGGAUGGCACGAGUUCCAUAGAUAAGAAGGGUGAUGAGAGAGGGGUUACAUCGGCCAAUACCGCCGAUAUAAGUACAGCAAGUAUUACAGUUCACACAAAUAGUGGUGCGGAUAUGCAGGGCACAAGCAUGAGCACAACGGGCAUUGGCACAGAGCAGGCGGAGGAGACUGUUGUGGUGGGUGUUGAGGGCGAGUUGGUAACUGCGCGAGACGUUCUAGGGCUGGGAGAGGCGAAAGGGGGGUCUAGCACCGAGCCAUUUGCCGGGGGUAGCUUAGACGAACUCCGGGCACAAUGGCUGGUUGAUGUGACGAAAUAUUUGCGAAGUAAGCAUCUGUAUUGCAACUGGUGCGGUCGGACGUACGAGAAUGAAACUCUGCUCGAUACCCAAUGUCCCGGGCCUACUGCUGAGGAUCAUGCAGAUUAA